AUGUCUGUACUGACGGAGAAAGAGUUUACCGAAGCCCUGCCAAAUAGCUUAGAUUUAUUCGAACUGCCUCCCUAUCAAACCAGCAUCCUGCAACACUAUUACGAGAACGGUCAACAGGUCAGCUCCAGCAAUGGCGGUUACCCUUACAAAGCCCUCAUGGAAACCGUUCUCGACUAUGGAACAGAUGCUCAGACCAGCCAACUGACUACUCAGCUGUAUUACAAAGAUUCGGGUGUCACCGUAGACGAGUUCAACUCCGGGGACCCCUACGCCUCUGGGAAUGACGGGCUCAUCAACCGCGGAGGUUUUAUCGCCGGAAGCAAGUCGCUCACCCUAACAGGACCUAUCAUGGAAGACGUCACAUCCUUUGUCUUGACGUCAGAAGAGUCUGAUAAGGAUUACACCGUCGAACUGCAAGAUGUGUACCUGAAAGUAUGCAAACUCAGAAUCAACGACGCUCUCAUCGUGGCCCACAACAAACAGUUCGAGAAAGGUAAUGCCAUGUACCCCUACGAAAGAUCCGUGGUCAAGAUGGCCUCGGUCGCCUCGUCCAGUCUGAGUUUUAACUGGGACCCCAUGUUUCAAGACGAAGUUCCCAGUCGACUGAUUGUCGCCUUGGUGAGGUCCAAUGGGGUGAACGGAUCGUACACGGCUAAUCCCUUCUGUUUCCAAGGAGACAUCAUUAAAAGCAUGGGACUGUACUUGAACGGUACCAGUGUACCAGGACGCCCAUUUGAGUCGGAUGACAUCGAGGCUUACGCUAGCCUGUACGAUUGGAAUAACGAAUGGCGCAAAGACAAAGGUUUGAACUUGGACCGCACGGAAUUUCCCAUAGGUCAUGCCUUGUACGUGUUCAACCUGCAAGACAUCGGAGCCGACAGAUCGGAAUAUCUGAACCUGCUCAAGUCGGGUAAUCUGAGACUAGAAGUCCAGUUUGCUCAGGCGCUCGCCCAUACCUUCAACGUCAUCGCUCUGGCCAAGUUUCCGGCACUUAUCGAAAUCGACCAAAGCCGGAACGUGUUUCUAAAGUAG